GACUGUCUCCAGAAAGACAGGCAAAUUUCUAUCUGCCAGAGCAACCUUCCAUCCCCUGGUUUGACUGAACUGGAGGAAGAUCUAGGAUUCUUACCGGUCAGUAACUAUAGGGUCAUCAGUCUCCCAACAUUCAGCUGAACAGAAUGGAAAGCACAUUGAAGGCACACCUUCUUAACAUCCUUGAGGACCUUUUAGAGGAGGAGUUGGUAAAGUUCAAGUUCCAACUCACAAACAUAGCUCUUUCUGAGGGAUACAACCACAUUCCUCGGGGCACUGUCCAGCAAGCAACCCCAGUGACACUUGCUGAUCUACUGAUCCGGUACUAUGGGGAGGAAUAUGCCAAGACUGUGACCCAGGAGGUCCUGAAAGCCAUAAACCAGCGUAGCCUGUUGGAGAAGCUCCAUCAAUCAAUGGAAAAAUCUGGAUCUUCUGCUCAAAAAGUUGCAAAAAAGACAAAUAAGAGGAAGCAAGAGAAUGAAGCAGGACCAAAUGAAGAUAAACAGCAACUAACUAUCUCAAAGAGAUUUAGAAAUAUCUUUAACCAAAAGAAAAUAUCCAAUGAAUCUGCACCUUAUCCCAGAGAUCCUCAACCAAGCAAUGAUAAGGAAGUAACAACCAAAAAUCAAUACUUUCAUGACUUGAUUCGGCGGCUUAAUCUGGACAGUUAUUAUCCCAAGAAGAUGGCCAAAGUCAAUUCUCUUUUGAUAAAUAAGACCUCCCUCCAUGGCACUCAACCAAGAGCUGAAACAGAGCUAACAUUUUGUUUUCUAGAGAAACUUUUGGUAUUAGAUUACCAUUUGCGAUAUCUAGUUUACAGAGGUAAUAUAGAUACAAUAUCUACUGUGUCCCAGACACUGAGAACCACAGAACAAGAAAGAACAUUUGAGAACUUUUUCAUUAUCAAGGAAACACAAUCAAAUGCAGUACAAAUUUACAUCCACCCAAUGGACAUACAAAUGGCAAUUUUUCACUGUGCAGAUGACUUUACAAGGCAGUAUAUUUUCACCAAACUUUCCAUUUGCCAAUUCGCUCUCCCACUUUUGGUGCCAAAUCCUUGCAAUUCCCAAAUUGAAUUCCCUCUUUGGUCUCUCAGGCAAAUCAGGAGAAGCUGGAGAGAGGUGGAAAAAAUAGGAUGGGAGAAAAAAAUUAGGAAUUAUAAUAACCAGCUGAUUAGUUGGCAACCUAUACAUAUUAUAUCUUUCAUAAGAGUUGGAAAUUAUGUCUCUACUUCCAAGUCUCAGAUUUUGAAUGCACUCCUGAGUAAAGGCAAACAUGACCAUUUUUCCUCCCACCAUUCUAGGGAAGACAAUAAUAGAUGUCUAUUGAUAGAUGGUAUGGUGGAAAUCUGCUGGUUCUGCCCAGGUGGGAGAGCUGAGGACAGAUUUGAAAACUGUAUUGCCUUCACCAAUCUCCAUGGAAAUGCUGAAAUACAUGAGAGGCAGGUUAAGUUCCUGCAGCAGGUCUCCUCAGUCACUGUCAUUCUCCUGUCAACUUCCAAUUUUGACAAAAUGACUAGUUCCCUUCUACUCGAAUUUUGGAAUUCACCCAAACCUCUUAUCUGUUUGUUCGAAAAUGCAGAAAAUAUUAUGGAUGAGAAUUCUGCUCACAAAGUGAGAAUUGGGAUCAAGAACCUAAAUAAGAUAGAACUAGCUGAUAAAAUUACAGCUACUUUAACACAGUUGCUGAAGAAGUCUGGAUCUCCUUACAGUUUGAGUGAUUGGGCCAACAUUGCUAGGAAGUAUGAAUUUAUUAUUGAUGAGGACCAAAGAGGCUGCCAAGAAGCAGGGAAAAAAGCAGACAUCCUAAUGGACAUCUUGAGAAAAGUGAAAUUACCUGAGAUAAAGGAGAAGUUACUACCACUUCAGGGAGGUCUAUGGCGUGAUUGGUGUAAAAAGGAUAAGGAACUCCAUCAGCUCAGAGAAAAAGGAAACAGGAGCAUUGAGCAAUACACGAAUGAGAUUGAGAAGGAAAAGCAGAUAAUACGUUGUGAACAGUACCACAAAGUUAUUAAUCUUAAUGACCUGAUGAAGUCUCUGUUUGAAAGUCUUCAGUCACAUCCAGAGACCCACACAGAGCUCUACUUUCUGCAGGGGCUGAGCAUGUUAAUGGACCAACUAACCACAGGAGAGUUAGAAAAGCUCCACCAGAGGCAUCGUUUUCUGUUGGCUCAGGUGUGAACAGA